AUGUGUCAGAAAGAAUCGCUGGGACGUCUGCUGCCAUUCUUUCAGCUGAGCCAAGGCUAUGUGGUAAUGCGCCACAGGAAGUACUAUCUCGUGCUCACGACUGUGUCAGAGCUUGGGGUAGGUGCAGGAGUCACUGGCAAGGCCGUGCUUGGGACAGGUGGGGAGGCAGAGCUUGGUAUUGGUGACUCUGAAAAACAUGCUGGCAGCGUGACCGUGAGAGGUUUCAAUCUCAAGGAAUCUACGUUCACAUUGCAGUGCCAGUGCUCUGGCAAGGGAGCUACCUUGAUGCUCAGUGGCCAGAUCUGCUCUGAGAAGUGCAGCAUGGUGCAGGGUGUGUUGUCUGUGGGUGGACUGCAGGGCCUGCCGGUCCUCCUUCUGCUUCAGACUCUUGGCUAUGUCCAUGGUGACUCUGUGGUGAACAUGCGGAAGAUGACCCACCAGACCAUCAGUGAGGAGCUGUCCAAAACCGUUCUCCUCCCUUGUCUUUUCACCUUGCGCUCCAGCACAGGUCCAUCCCACGAGCCCCCAAGGAUCAAAUGGACCAAAGUCUGGGGUCAAAGAGGCUCUGAUGGCCUGCAGAAGGAGCAGUCGGUUCUAGUGGCAAAAGACAAUGUGGUCAAGGUGAAAAAGGCCUUCCAAGGUCGUGUCACUCUGCCCGGUUACCAAGACAACCGCUACAACGCCAGCCUGGCCCUGAGUGGCCUGCGUUCUAGUGACUCUGGUCUGUACCGCUGUGAAGUGGUGGUGGGCAUCAAUGAUGAACAGGACACUGUACCGCUAGAGGUCACAGGUGUUGUAUUCCAUUACCGGGCUCCUCAUGACCGCUAUGCUCUGUCCUUCGAUGAUGCCCAGAGGGUAUGUGUGGAGAACUCAGCAGUCAUUGCCACGCCGGGUCAGCUCCAAGCAACCUUCGCCGAUGGCUAUGAAAACUGUGAUGCUGGUUGGCUGUCUGACCAGACUGUACGUUACCCCAUCCAGUCACCCCGACCUGGUUGCUACGGCGACCAAGAAGACUCACCUGGAGUUCGUAACUACGGCAAUAGGUCCCCUGAUGAGCUUUUUGAUGUCUACUGCUUUGCUAAGCAGCUGCAAGGGGAAGUGUUCCACUCCUCGGUGCCAGAGAAGCUGAACCUGGCCACGGCCUCCACCCACUGCCAUUCCCUCGGGGCCCAACUGGCCACUGCCGGGCAGCUCUACCUGGCCUGGCAGGCCGGCCUGGACCAGUGUGACCCUGGCUGGCUGGCCGAAGGAAGCGUGCGCUACCCCAUCAAUGUCCCGCGGAGAAACUGUGGUGGAGAUGAGCCCGGGGUGCGGACGGUCUACAACAACCCCAACCGCACCGGCUUCCCCGACACCACGGCCCUGUUCGAUGCCUACUGCUAUCGAGCACACCGGCAAGCAGGGGUCCAGGCUAUGGAGGCGAGGGGUCUGCAUCAGACCACAGACCCAGCAGCAGAAGCCAUCUCAGCUACUGAAGCCCAGCGCAGUGUCCCCCACUCCAUGUCAUCCACUUGGACUGGCCUAGUUGACUUGGACAAAGCCAGCGGGGUCCACUCCACUGCAAUUAGCAAUAACUUUCCCGAGAUUUCUGAAGAGCAUGUGGUCAUCCACUUGCCGCCAGGGGAAAGUUCACAAGGUUUAUAUGAGAAUCAGGCUGGAGUCAGAACCAGCCAACUGAGCCAGGGGGACUUUGGAGGCUCGAAAAGUUUGAAUAACCUGGGCCUGUCUACUGUGGAAACCCUGGAGAACCAUGGAGGCUCUGCUCAUGAAGAUGAAAGCGGAGAAGAUGGAAGCCAUAUUGGAACCUCUGAUCCCCCGCUGUUAUCAUCACUGGCGUCCUCCACCCUUCAGUCCAGGACCAGUAACAGUGUGCUGGCGGAGUUUGUAAACACUCUGAUUAGGCCGUUUAAGUACUGGACAGGAGGCGUUGAAGAGGAAGAGACAAAGGGGCCUUUUCCCACAGCCACAGACACCUCAGUGCCUGAGGAAAAAGCAGGAGAGGACCAGGCUCUAGAUGGGGCACCAGGAAACGCCAGUUUAUCAAAACCUGGGAAAAAGAAAGGCAGCAUGGAUAAUGCUAUCUCAGAGCAUAGGAGUGGCACUCCUUCAUUCAAGCCUCCUACACAUGGCUUCCAGAGAUCUGAGGAGGGUCUCUCUGAACAGGAGAAAGAGGUGAUGCCAUUGGUUCCAUUAGUACCUGCAGUCCAAAACUUGGAGCACAAUGCUACCACAUCUCAGCCCGGUGAAAAGGCUCUAAGCUCUUCCCUUACAAGCUCUCCAUCAUCUUCUACCAAUGGAUUUAUGGCACAAGGUCCCGAUGGGAGAACAGCAUCCACUGAACCUGUCAACAUAUCCAGUCCCCAGGGUCCCAGACAGAAAAUGGCCUCAGCCCCAGUUCCAGGCAGCCAGCUCCAGUGGGCCAUCAAGUCCAUGCAUGUCCCCAAACUCGCCCCCCCCGGAAACAUGGCCUACAUGGGUAAAAGUUCCACUAGGGCACCUAUGGAGGCUAAAGCAGGACCCAUGGAGAUGAUGACCCUGCCAACUUCUCUCAAACAGGACAAUCCCGAGAACUACUCUGGUGAGGGAAAGGACCAGGAUGAGGAAAGGGGUAACCCUCCAGCCACCAAAACUGUUUCAGGGGAGGACAAGGAGAUGGAUGGGAGUGGGGAGGGAGGGAACUUCCCUGGCAGAUUUGGUUUGAACGCUGUCACCAAUACACUCGACAGUGGCAGCAUCGGUCUGAAUGCUAAAACGGAGUCUUCAACCACCCAAGGCCAGAGUGAGUCUGUGACUGUAGCUGAACACACUACGCUUUCCCAGUGGCAGCUAGUAGAGCAGCCCACAACGGAGCCUCAUGACCCCCAGGGGACAGGGACCGCAGAAGAGGCCAGGGGGGAAAUCCUCUUUAUUCGCCGUCCAACUGAGAAUCUCUCCUCUUUCCCCCUAAAUAGAAGAGAUGGCGUUACUUCCACACGGGGCACCACACUGGAGCCCCUGACCGCAGUCUCUGACACAGCCACUGUAGAGCCUGUGACAACCAGAGACUCACAGAAAACAGAUCCUGCCCCCACCACAACCACAACAGAAGAAUCAGUGGACAGUGUUUCCACCAAGGUCCCCCCUAUUUCCAUUGCGUGGGUUCAGGCAGAGACAGAGAUGACGGCGAGUGUGCUUGACCCGCAGUCUCACCUCUCAGCCACGACGUCACCCAAUGGGUCUCAAAUGACCCCAGCCUCUUCCAUUCAGCUGACGACCUUCAUGUCUGACCCCAAGAGCGGCGCCACUGAAAUGGAGUCCAGGUCAGCGGUGUCUGAGUCCUUCAUGGUGGGAGGCCAGUGGACGCCUUUCAGAUGGGGGACCUCCAAGCCCAAGGAUGUCCAAGCCCCAGUGACCACAGACAACACUGACAAGACCCCCUUUGGCAUCCUCGUACCCAACUGGAGCUUCAGGCUUAAUCCAUCAGCAGAGAGCAACCCGUGCCACACCAACCCCUGUCUCCACGGAGGGAGCUGCCUGCAGGAAGGCGAUGGCUACAGCUGCUACUGCCCUCAGGGCUUCUCUGGAGAGAGCUGCGAGAUCGACAUUGAUGACUGCCAGUCCAACCCUUGCCAGAAUGGGGGCACCUGCAUCGAUGAGAUCAACUCCUUUGUGUGUUUGUGUCUGCCAAGCUACGGAGGAGCCACAUGUGAGAAAGACACAGAGGGCUGCGAUCACACCUGGAGGAAGUUUCACGGCCACUGCUACAGGUACUUCAGCCGCAGACACACCUGGGAGGAUGCCGAGAAAGAUUGCCGGGAGCACAACGGCCACCUGGCCAGCAUCCACAGCCUGGCAGAGCAGGAGUUCAUCAGUGGUCUGAGCCACGAUAAUACCUGGAUUGGAUUGAAUGAUCGCACGGUGGAGGAUGACUUUCAGUGGACCGACAAGAUGGACUUGCAAUAUGAGAACUGGCGUGAAAACCAGCCAGACAACUUCUUUGCUGGAGGAGAGGACUGCGUGGUUAUGAUUGCUCACGAGAACAGCAAGUGGAACGACGUGCCUUGCAACUACAACCUACCCUAUAUCUGCAAGAAGGGAACAGCGUUUACAGACUUCUCCCACAAGUUCAUGGCCUCAUUUAGGUUGUCUAAAUUUAGUGACCUUUUCCUUUCCCCCUACUUCAGUGUUCUGACUUUGCUGAUGCCCACUGCAGAGAUCAGUCAGCAGUGUUCACAGGUGUGA